AACCAUCAAGAACAUAAAACCUCAUCUCUCUCUCACUCGUUCACUCAGGAUCAAUCUCAGCCGUUUGAUCUCCGGUCAAUUUCCCGACCAUGCCGAUCAGGAAUAUCUCCGUCGGCCGCCCGGAGGAGGCGACCCACCCCGACGCCCUGAGGGCGGCGUUGGCUGAGUUCAUAUGCACUUUGAUCUUCGUGUUCGCCGGCUCAGGCUCGGGCAUGGCCUUCAACAAGCUCACCAACGACGGAGCCACCACCCCCUCCGGCCUGGUCGCUGCCGCACUGGCACAUGCCUUCGGCCUGUUCGUCGCCGUCUCUGUCGGAGCCAACAUCUCCGGCGGCCACGUCAACCCCGCCGUCACUUUCGGUGCCUUUGUCGGCGGGAACAUUACCCUCCUCCGCGGUAUCCUCUACUGGAUCGCUCAGCUCCUCGGCUCCGUCGUCGCCUGCCUCCUCCUCAAGUUCACCACCGGCGGCCUGGCCGUCCCAGCAUUCUCCCUCUCCGCAGGUGUCGGGACACUGAACGCGUUCGUGUUCGAGAUCGUGAUGACCUUCGGCCUCGUCUACACUGUCUACGCUACCGCAGUCGACCCGAAGAAGGGCAGUUUGGGAACUAUAGCUCCGAUCGCAAUCGGUUUCAUCGUCGGAGCAAACAUCUUCGCUGGUGGAGCUUUCACCGGAGCAUCAAUGAACCCGGCGGUCGCCUUCGGACCGGCCGUCGUGAGCUGGUCUUGGGCAGGACACUGGAUCUACUGGGCUGGUCCGUUGGUCGGCGGUGGGAUCGCCGGGAUUGUCUACGAGUUCUUCUUCAUCUCCAACACUCACGAGCAACUUCCUUCCUCCGCCGAUUACUGAGUCGUGACUCGGUUUGAACUCGUGUUAGUUGGUGUGAUCAUUUGGUUUGUUUCCAAGGGGUUUUUCAAAAGUUUCGUGGGUUUAUUUCAUGACCGUUGGAUCUUUUUAGGGUUUGAUGUAAUAUGUUUGCUGUCAAUUUGGGGGUUUGAACGGUAAAAUUUCCCUGGAAUCAUUGUAAUCUUUCGGGUCUGCAUGGUUAUAAAAAAAAAAAAAUGAGAAAUCCAGGGUUUUUUACUGCGGUUAAUAAUGUGAAUUAUGCAUUUUCCUCCA